AUGGCGUCUGCAACCACCCGUGCGGAGCUUAAACCUGUCUGGGUUACCUCUCAAUCUUAUCAAUCAAUUAUCCAACUCCAAAUGCAUAUCUCUAUAAUCCCGCUGCUACCAUUCCUUGUAGCCAGCCAUGUCAACGGCCUGGCCCACGAUUCCGGAGUAUACGGGCCCUCGCUGGAGCUAGUCCAUCAGUACUAUGACCAGUUCCCCACCGGCAUCGCUGUAUCCUCCACGGGGCGCAUGUUCUCCUGCUACCCUCUGGGCCUGGACGCCAACAACACCCUCUACCAGGUAGCUGAGCUUACGGACUCGACGACCGAAGUGCCGUAUCCUUCUGCGGAGUUUAACUACCCUCCUGGAGGGGCUGUAAAUUACUCUACUUCUCCGGCAACAACGGUCAACUACGCAGAUCAUCUCAUCAGCGUCCAAAGCGUAGUGGUCGACGCCAAAGACCGUCUCUGGAUCCUCGACACUGGCCGCGCUACCACGGCUAACAAUACCCUCCUGCUAUCUUCAUAUGGUGGUCCGAAACUAGUCGGGGUAGAUCUGGCCACGAAUAAAGUGUUCAAGACGAUUCUCUUCCCGAAGGAUGCCGUCUACCCAAACUCUUACCCCAACGACGUCCGCUUCGACCUCCGCCCCACCCUCCCCAACACCUCCGGCGAAGGCAUCGCCUACUUAACCGACUCCAGCCCAGAAGGCCGCAACGGCCUGAUCGUAGUCGAUCUCGGCACCGGCAAAGCCUGGCGACAGCUGGACGGGCUAGCUAUAACGAAAGCAGAGCCCGACUUCCGCGCCUUUAUCUGGGGCGACGUGGUCGAUGUCUCCACAGGGACUGACGGAAUUGCACUUUCAGCCGAUGGCGAGACGCUCUACUUUGGUGUUGUCAGUGGACGGGACAUUUACUCUGUUCCUACUGCUGUCUUGCGGGAUGGUUCCUCUGCGGGACGGGCCAAGGCUGUAAAGAGCGUGACCAAGAUAGUUCAGAAGGGAGUUAGUGAUGGGUAUGAGACCGAUUCGGAAGGACGGAUUUAUGUGGGGAGCUUCGAGUCGAAUGCGAUUAAUGUGGUGUACCCUGGGAAUGGCAGCGUGGAGACGUUUGUGAGAGAUCCGAGGAUGGGGUGGACGGAUACGAUGAGUAUCGUGACUUUGGGAGGAACUGGGAAUGGGACGGAGGGAGAGGGUAGAGGGUAUUUGUAUUUCACGGAGAAUCAGCUGUGGAGGCAGGAGAGGGAGAGGCCGUUUGGGCUGUUUCGGGUGGAGUUGCCUGGUGGUGCUGGGAAGGUGGUUCUGUAA